UCAGCACAGACAGACAUUCAGGUCUUUACUGAGAUUAGAAAAAGAAUAAAAACAAAGGUACGUGGCUGUUAGAGGGAAUCCUGAAGGACAGAUCACCUCAGAGCUGCUCUAACAUCUGAUCUCUUCAACAGCAGGAUGAGGAAGACAUUCAUGUGUGAUGAAACCAUGAUCAUCACCAUUCCCAUCGGGUGUCUGAAGGACGCCAACCAGGGUGAGCUGAUGCCUGAGAAGUUUCAGUGUGUGUACAAGGAUUCCUACAAGGUGUUCACCAUCAAAGGGAAACCCAAACCUCUGGGAGCAGCUCAAGCCAUCACUGGUGUGUUCAUUGUCACUCUGUGGCUGAUUUUUGGCAACUCAAACUACCACCACCCCUACGACGAAUUCAUGCUGAUGUUCUCUCUGCCCAGUGUUGUGUAUGUGCUGUCUGGUCUGUUGUCCUUUGCUGCUGGACGAUCUCCAAACAUGCAUGUGACAAAGCUGUCCUUCUCUUUUAACAUCAUCAGCCUCUGCUGGUCCAUUGCAGCCAUUGGUUUGUGUGCUUUAUGGCUACAUAUGUCAUUCUACCACCGACCAACUAAGGUAAUGGUCCUCCUUGGAGUCAACAUCCUGAUCUUGACUCUGCUGGUUGUUGAGAAGUGUAUGGCUAUUUUCUUGAUCUACUGGUUGAGUAAAGCUGUGUGCAGAGAACACUUCAACACUUUGCCCAUUGUACUGCUGAAACAGGGAGACAGGAUGAGGAAGACAUUCGUGUGUGAUGAAACCAUGAUCAUCACCAUUCCCAUCGGGUGUCUGAAGGACGCCAACCAGGGUGAGCUGAUGCCUGAGAAGUUUCAGUGUGUGUACAAGGAUUCCUACAAGGUGUUCACCAUCAAAGGGAAACCCAAACCUCUGGGAGCAGCUCAAGCAAUCACUGGUGUGUUCAUUGUCACUCUGGGGCUGAUUUUUGGUUUCUCAGACUUCUGCAACCGCUUUAUCCUGAUCUGCACUCUGCCCAGUGUUGUGUAUGUGCUGUCUGGUCUGUUGUCCUUUGCUGCUGGACUAUCUCCAAACAUGCAUGUGGCAAAGCUGUCGUUCUCUCUGAACAUCAUAAGCCUCUGCUGGUCCAUUCCAGCAAUUAUUUUCUGUAUUGUAUCUCUUGCCAUUCAACUCUUUGAAGAACCAUCAUGUGUCAAGCUCCUCACUGGAGUCGACAUCCUGAUCAUGGCUCUGCUUGUUGUUGAGAAGUGUAUGGCUAUUUUCUUGAUCUACUGGUUGAGUAAAGCUGUGUGCAGAGAACACUUCAACACUUUGCCCAUUGUACUGCUGAAACAGGGAGAGUGAAUUUAAAGCCUGAUGAAACAAUGGAUUCUGCCAUUGAAUGCCAUCACCAGAUGAUAAUUGAUGGGUGCCCUGAUCAUCUACUUUUACAUGUCAGUAAUUGAUCCCUAAAAAUAUAGUAUACAAAGACUGUUUAAGCAUUUAUUAGCUUAAUGUAAACAGCAAAUCAUAUGUGUAUGGACUGAAGAAAAAAAAUAGUUAUUUUGUAGAUACAGUGCUUAACAAAUUUAUUAGACCACCUGUCAUAUUUGUCUCAGAGACCUUCCAGCAUCAUGACGCACUUUAAUGCUUACUCUUUCAUUUUCAGUGAGCUCUCGACAUUUUACCAUUUCGAACAAGAAUGAGGAAUUUUAAACUGAAUUCACCUUUUUAUACCCAAAUUUGAGCCGGAUCACUGGGCUUCUCUGAGAAGUCAGAAAUUAAUCAAGCAUAACAUUCAACCACUAAAACUCAUUUUCUGUUCAGGAAUGCGAGUAAAUAACUAUAGUUUGAUAUAUAAAUCUAGAAAUAUUAAUGUGCUUUACUAUUUUUUCAGUUUUUUUGUAAAUCA